AUGCAGGAUUGUGUAGGCAGUGAUGUUCCCACUGCAAAAGUUAGCAUGUUAGGGAGAUUUCAGUCUAAUCCUGGACAAGCAUAUUGGGUUGUAGGGAAGAAAGUUAUGAGAUACUUGCAGAGAACAAAGGACUACAAGCUGGUGUUCAAAAUAAGUGAGCAAUUGGAAUUACAAGGAUUUGCAGAUGUAGACUUUGCAGGAUGUCAAGACACAUUAAAAUCCACAUCUGCCUGCUAUGAAGCCACUUCUCAAGCUAUGUGGUUGAGGAAUUUUAUCAUCAGCUUAAGUGUGGUGGAAUCAAUACACAGGCCUAUCCAACUAUGGAAUGACAACAGUGCAGUGACAUUUGCUAAGGGAAACAAAAGAACAAGAGGUUCAAGACUGUUGGAUGUAAAAUUCAUAAUUGUCAAGGAGAAAAUCAGUCAAGGAUACACUACCAUAGAUCACAUAGGAACAAAUCAAAUGAUUGCAUAUCCACUUACCAAAGGAGUACCAAAUUAA